AUGAAGCAAUCUGUUUAAAGAUAUUCUGUGAAAAUACCAAAACAUGAUGUUAUUGAUAAGAAAGUAUACUAUAUAAUAAGUGUAUACAAUUUGGAAGGAGGGUAACCCAGAGAAAUUAGAAAAAGAUACUCUGAAUUAGAAUCUAUGCAUUAAAAAAUAUUAGAAUGGAUUCAUAUAUUCAAAAUAAAAAUACCUAUGAUACAUUUUCCUAAGAAGAAGUUUUUGUUUCAUACAAAUUAGAGUGAAGAAAGCAUAAUAAAACGAGUAUUGUUUAAUUUAAUAUAAAGAGAGGCGAAUUAUAAUAAUAUCUCAAUGAAAUUCUUGCAUGUCCAGAAUUACAUUGUUUAGGUGUAAUUGAAGAAAUGCUUCCUAAAGAGCCUAAAUUAGGUACACAGAAAUAAAAUGAGCCACCUAUUGAUAGAAGAUGGCAAGAAAUUCAAUAACUCAAAGAAUCUUAUUUAGCAAAACAUGGUGAUUCAAUAUUCUCUUUGCCCUAAAAAAAAAUUGAAUAACAAAGCAAGUAUUAAAACUUAAUAUUUUUAGAUAGUAAUAUAUUUUUAAGUUUGAAGAUCAUAUAAUUUUUGAUGAUUCUGCCUUAUAUACAAUUUAAAUAACAGAUACUAUUACUAACAAAAGUUGGAAAUUCACUUAACGUUUUCAAGACUUAAGAGAUUAUCAUAGAUAAUUAAAAAAUAUUCCUCUUGAUUUUCCAUUACCUAAUUUCCCUGAAAAAAAAAUAGUUAAUCUAUCUGAUGCUUCUGAUUUACGUGGAAGAAAAUAGCAAUUAGAAGACUAUCUAAAUCGCAUUUUUGGGUAUCAAAUUAAUCAUAUAUUAGCUAUCAAACAAUAGUUGAAAGUGCUAUUAUGGUAUUUUUCAUUGCUAAAAGUUAACUUGAUGGUAAUGAAAUUGGCUGUCGAUCUAAAGGAAAUUCUUAAACUACUUUAGAUGUAAUUAUUCUAUUAUAUUUUUAGAAUUCUAGUAUAAAAUCGAAAAGUCAAACUACAAUUGAAUAACUAGAUGAGGAUCAUAAAUAACCUCGAAAAAUUACAUGUUGA